CCGUAGGUGGCAACGGGGUGCAUAUGAGAAUGCCAAGAUGACAUCAUUUUCAUGCGACCUAAACAAGUCUUCAAGAUAAAGAUGGCGGAGCCUGAGGUGAAGAAGGUGAUCAAACUUGUCCCGGAGAAUCUCUUGAAGAGGAGGAAGGCGUAUCAAGCUAUCAAAGCCACACAGGCCAAGCUAGCUUUACAAGAAAAAAGAAAAGUACAGAAAGGCAGACCGUUGAAGUUCAAGCGUUUGGAGGAGUUCCUGAAAAACAGCAAGCGGAAACACCGCGAUGAAACGCGCCUCAGGAGAGCGGCCCACAGGCCGCCGCCUGCCCUACCGCCCGCCAAGAACCGCCUCGCCUUCGCCGUCCGCAUCCGAGAGAUUAAAGGCGUCAGCCUCAAGGUCCUGAAGGUCAUUCAGAUGCUGAGACUGCGGAAAAUCUUCAGCGGGACCUUUGUGAGGAUCAACAAGUGCUCCAUAGAAAUGCUGAAGGCCGUGGAUCCUUACGUGGCCUGGGGGUUCCCAAAUCUAAAGUCAGUGCGUGAGCUGAUCCUUAAAAGAGGACAGGCAAAGAUUAACAAACGGAAGGUUCCUCUUACUGACAACACCAUCAUUGAAGAACAAUUGGGUCAGCAUGGGAUUAUCUGCCUGGAAGACUUGAUCCAUGAAAUCUACUCUGUUGGGAAGAACUUCCGGGUGGCCAACAACUUCUUGUGGCCAUUCCCGCUGUCGGUGGCGCGGCACGCAGCGAGGGACAAGGCCGGGUUGCUACGGGAGAUCGGCGAGCCCGGGGCCAGAGGUGAAGAUAUCAACAGGGUCAUCAGGCAGCUCAACUGAUCGGACAUCGCAAAUAUUCCUCUCCACGUGAUGUACAGCCACGCUUGCCCACGGGCAUAUUUUGUCACUGAGGACAAAUUUCCUCGGAUUUCAGCAGGACCCCGGCCUUGCCUUGUGGGACUGAAAUGGCUUUUUGUCAUUCAGACAAGAGCAUCAGAGAUUCCUGUCCGCCUAAUGUACGGACAUGCUUACCCACAGACUCAUGCUGAGAGCAGUUGAGCAGAACUGACCUCGGAUUUCACCUGGACACCGUGAUGCCUCAUUGGAAGGAAAUUACAUCAUUUGUAUAGCCGUCAAAUUCAAAAGGGGGGGAAGAAACGUGUCCACCUGGACACAGACCGGUUUUCUUCACUAUUGUACGGAAGCUGUGCUUCCAUAAUCCCCCCCCAGUUUCCCCCAUGAACGGGACAUAACUUGGAACAAUAUUUGGACUGGGCUGACUGUAAAAUACACACUCUACCCAGUUAGUAACUGUGCUAAUAAAGAUGUUGCACCCCAAGCUUUGAAAACAAAUGCCUCAGUUACGAGUUUCCUUUACCCUGUCAGACAGAUGGUUAAUGCCUCUUUAUUCUACUGCGUAUAUUUGCUUUUCAAUAAGUACGUAUCCUAAGCACUGUAUAGUUGUCAGCAAGACAAAAGAAGCAUUUUAGACACACUGCCCUGUCUAUUUAGAUAUUCAGUAAACUUACCUUCAUAUAUAUUUAGGUACCAUUGGGCUGAUCUAAAAUGAUGAAUAUAUCUAGUACCAGUCAACUUUUAUCAGUAUUUGUCCUGCCUUUUUUUUUUAUCUUUGAAUUUUUCUUGUGAGUUUUGGUGUAAAACAAAUAUGUACAUAAACAAAUAUGUGGUACAGUUGAAAAAUGACGUUUGAAUACAUAUCCAUUAAAAUGUUGCAUUGAUGAGAAACCA